AUGGCGGCGUUCACGACCCACGGCGCGACCUUCGACGGCACGCUGGGCCUCGUGCUCGGCUGCCGCGAGAGCGACUCGUCCGCCGUCGUCGUCUCCGUCAAAACGGGCGGCGCGGCGUCGACGCAGGGCGUCGCCGUCGGCGACGUCAUCGCGCGCGUCAACGGCCGCCGCGCGGGCGACUACGACGGCGUGCUGGCGGUCAUGGCCGACGUCGGCCGGCCGGUGACGAUCCUCUUCGAGCGCGAGGUCGGCGCGCCCGCCGCCGCGGCGCCGCCCGCCGCCGCGCCGGCGCCGCCCGCCGCGAAGCCGACGCCGCCGCCGCCCGCCGCGAAGCCCAAGCCGCCGCCGGCCGCGAAGCCGACGCCGCCCGCCGCGAAGCCCAAGCCGCCGCCGCCCGCCAAGGCGUCCGUCGCCGCCGGAGCCACCGCGGCCGGCGCGGCCGCCGCGUCCUCCGGCGGCGUCGCGUCGCGCUGGGAGGCGCUCCAGGCCGAGCACCGGUCGCACCAGGCCGACAAGCUCGAGCAGCAGAAGACCGCGAUCAGCGCCGACGUCCGCGACAAGUUCCGGAGCCUGGAGCUCGAGCACGUGCGGUCGCGCGUCGCCUACUUCAACCGCCUCUUCGCCGGCGCCAUCGAGAAGGCGACGAAGGAGACGAAGAUCAUGGCCCAGGGCGACCGGGCCCUCGCCGCGGCCGCGCGGACGCGGCGCCGCGCCGAGGCCGCCGCGCAGCGCGCCGAGGACGCCGCGGAGCGGCGCGCGCCGCGGCCGGCCAUCGAGAACGUCGCGGCGCACCCCGACGAGCUCAGGAUCGCCAUGUCGCGCGCGCCCCGGGGCAUGAAGCACGUCUACGCGCUCGUCGACGUCUCGAAGCUCGAGGAGGAGUCGGCGGCGGGCGUCGCCGACGAGAGCCACGCGUGGCGGUCCUACGAGCGGCCGCUCCACUUCACGGCGCCGGGCCGCUACGCCGUGCUGACGAAGGCCGUGCCUUUGCCGCGGCCGGGCCAGACCCUGGCGUCCUUCGAGCAACGCGCGGCCGUCGCGGAGGCGACGAGCUCGGUCCCAGAGGGCUACGCGGCUUUGGGCAACGCGCUCGUCGACGCCGUCGCCGCGGGUCUCUUGGACCGCGACGGCGCCUUCGAGAUCCUCGAGCUCUGCGCGACGGGGCAGGUCGACGACCCCUACGGCCUCGCGCGCGAGUGGCGGGACAAAGUCGCGGACGCGUCGCCGGCGCUCGCGCGGCGCCGCGCGACGGAGCGGGCCCAGCGCGCCAAGGCGACGCGCGCGGCGGCGGCGGCGGCGACGGUCGAGGGCCUGGACUUCGCGGAGGCCGGCGGCGGCGACGUCGUCGCGCUCGGCGCGGCGGGCGACGGCGUCUUCGGCGGCGGCCGCGAGCGCGUCGAGCUCGGCGCGGUCGAGCCGGACGCGUUCUUCGCCGCGUGCGACGCGGACCUGGAGCCGGUCUACGAGCCCGCGGACGGCGAGGCGCCGCUCCUCGAGUCGAAGAUCGCGACGGCGGUCUACGAAUUGGGCGAGUCGCCGCCGGUCUUGCAGCACGAGGACCACGCGGGCGAACUGCGAUUCGUGCGACCGGCCGACGCCGCGGCGCGCGCGCUGGCGUGCUCCAAGUGCGGGCGGAGCGACGACAAGCUCUACGCGCGCGGCGACUUCGCCAUCUGCCGGCGGUGCGCGCUCGAGGGCGCGGGCGUCAUGGUCGACGCCGGCGCGCGGCGCAUGUGGUUCUCGCAGAUGAUCCAGUUCGUCGGGAGCCGCGCGAUCCCGCUGCCCAAGUCGCAGCCCCUGCUCGCGCAGAUCCUCAAGGUGCUCCAGGCGCACCCCGGCAUCGCCGUGCGCUUCGAGGGCCACGUGAACUCCAAGUGCGGCCUCGACUGCGACGGCAGCGGCGGCUGCCCCAACGGGUCGUCGAUGUGCGUCAAGUGCCCCGGGGGCGCCAUGGGCCUGUCGACGGCGCGCGCCGACGCCGUCAAGCAGUUCAUCCUCGCCUGCGGCAUCGAGCCCGACCGCGUCUACGCGCAGGGCUUCGCGGGCACCAGGAGAUUGACUGGCGACGUCAUCGACGAGACCGUCGGCCACGUCAACCGGCGCGUCGAGGUGCACACGCUGCUCGCUGCGCCCGUGGACCGCCACGGCUUCCCCGCGCACCUCGCCGCGCCCCUCGUGCCGCGGCUGCCGCCGACGCCCCACGUGCCCUACGGCGCCGCGCCCCCCAACGGCGCCGCGCCGCCCAACGGCGCCGCGCCGCCCAACGGCGCCGCGCCGCGCGCCGCCGCCGCGCCGCGCGCCGCCGCCGCGCCGCCGCGGCAGUCGCCGCGCGACAAGCCCAAGCGCUUCUCCAAAGAACGAACCGACGGCGUCGCGCCGCCGGCGGCCUACGCGGCCUGGGGCGCUGACGACGUCGCGGCCGUCGUCAGCGAGCUCUGCCGCGAGCUCGGCGUCGGCGACUGCGGCGGCCUUUUCCGAGGCCACGAGGUCACGGGCGACGUGCUCGCGGUCCUCGGCGCCAACGACCUGGCGCUCCUCUGCGAGGGCCACCACGGCGCCGACGACGGCGCGGCGCUGGCGACGCUCCGCAAGGUCGGGCCGCGCUUCCGCCUGCACGCCGCGAUCCGCCGCUUCCUCGAGACGCACCGGGGCCGCGAGGACUUCGCCGCCGUCAGGGAGGCGCGGCCCUCCCUGAAGCACGCGGCGCGCACCGUGCUCGACGCCGUCCAGGCCGCCGACGGCCUGAAGCGGCAGCCGACGGCGCGGAAGGCCGGCGCGGCGUUCUCGAGCCCGCGCGCGGGCGCGACGUGGACGGUGAAGGAGGCGGGCCUCGUCGUCGCCCACAUCCUGCGGGAAACCGAAAACGGCGACGAGGAGAUGGCCGUGAAGAUCGCCGAGGUCCUCGAGGGGCACCACAUCGACGGGAAGGCCCUCGCGCACGUGACGCGCGAGGAGCUCCGCGAGAUGGGCGACAAGGGCACGUCCUUCGGCGAGCUGCGCCUCCAGAGCAUGGGCGUGCGCCUGCGGCUGACGGAGGGGCUACACGCGUUCCUGCGGGAGCACGGCGAGCGGACCUUCGACGAGGUCACGCGUCUCAUCCCGGAGUUGAUGCGGGAGACGCGGAAGCUCCGCGAAUCCAUGAGCGUCCAGGUCGACCGCGACACGGAUAAGAUCGACGCGCUGCUGCACGCCAUGAGCGGCAAGGACUUCGACUACCGCCUCCUGCACAAGUCGCUGGACACGCGGCCGCACGCGUCCGUGCGGCACCUCGAUGAGCACAAGCCGAAGAAGGUGCAGAUCGUCGUGCCCGUCUACAUGACCAUCCUGGUGAAGAAGCUGAGCGCGAACCGCGGCAAGGACGAGGAGGACUCGGUCAAUCUCGUGGGCACGCUCAUCCAGCGGCCGCUGCUCUACGACCUCGCCGCGCUGCAGCGCGUCGCGGGCACGGACGCGCUCCCCUACUUCGGCAUGCGCGUCAACGAGGGCGAGACGGAAUCGAAGGACUGCUUUGACCUCCGCAAGACGGCGCCGACGGCGGCCAAACACUACAACGCCGAGUGGCAGGCCAAGAGCACGACGUUCGCGACGAAGAUGCCCAUGAAAUUGUACUCCGUGUUCUCCGCGCACCCGUUCCACAUCAUGGCCGCGGAGGUCCUCGUCGAACUGACGUCCUUCACGGGUAAGCUGCCGGAGAAGAACUUUAGCGGCGCGGCGACGACGACGUACGAGCUGCGGCCGAGCCUCAUGUGCCACUGCCGAGAUCUGCGGAACCUCGUGUCCGUGCGCGACUUCGACGACCUGACGAAACUGGACGAGAUGAAGAAGUGGGAGGUCAUGAACACGUCGCCGACGGUGGAGUACCAGGCCGACGGCGACGGCAUCCCGGGCAAGAAGCCCUUCUACACGCCCAAGGUCAAGAUCACGUUCUACCUCUACCGCGACGCGACGCAGCCGUUCCUCGAGACGAUCAUGCCGCUGCUCUUCGCGAUCUUCACGAACACGCUGAACAUCAUCUGGGCGUCAGACUUUAACGAGUUCCUCGGCAACGAGCUCGCCAUCGGGCUCACGCUCGUCUUCCUCAUCCCGUCGCUGUCGGAGAACGAGAGCUUCAACGACACGUUCCAGAUCAACCACGUCUACGUCAUGUGGAUCUUCUUCUCGCUCAUGGUGUCCUCGACGGUGUUCCCGGUGUGCCGGUCCCUCAUCCCGUCGUCGCGGACGAACUACAAGAAGUACUACAAGAUCUUCGCGAUCGUCGUGUCCUGGCUCUCGCUCGUGCUCCCGUUCUCGAACCUGUCGAUCUACCUCAAGCUCAAGCGGCGCCUCCUCCUGUCGCCGCACUACGACGCCGAAAACGCCAUGACCUUCAAGGGCCGCCCGGGCAAGGCCGCGGGCAACUCCAUGGGCUCCGACGUGCCCUUCCUCGACCUCUGCCAGUUCUUCGACCCGGACAGCGCGCCGCCGCCGGGCGACAAGAAGGCCAAGGCCAAGCUCAAGCUCAACGAGGCCACGAUCCACGACGACUGCGUCAAGGACCUCCAGGCCUACGCGCCGAACGGCCCCCGGCCCUGGAAGCUCGAGGGCAAGUGCUUCCGCACGGGCUACUCGAAAAAACACGCGGCGGCGGUCGCCGACUCCUUCACGCCCUUCCUCAUCCGCCUCUGCACGAGCGUCUUCGACUUCGCAAAGAAGCGCAAGGACAAGAAGGAGGGCAAGGCGGAGCGCAAGGGGGACGCGAGGGGCGGCCGGGACGCGUCCAUCGCGCCGAACGCCGCGCCGCCCGGCUAG